GUGCUUAUCAAGGUCAUAAAUAAAGUUGACGGAAGCUCAUUAGAAAAUAAUAAUUUAAGUAUUUACAAAAAUAAUUAAUUUGUGACAAGCUGUGAUAAGAGUAUUUUAUGGUCUAUAACGCAAAUUGUAACUUCAAUAUGUCCAACAAAUACGAAACGCUAAAACACCACCAUGUGGACAAUUCAGAUAGCGGGAGUGGAGACGACGAAAUAGGCUCAAAUAUAACUGAUCUAGGUCCAAUAGAGUAUCCACCAGGAGAACACAGACUUCAACAUCCAUACUGUUUGUGGUUCUCUCGGAGAGCAUCCCAUUCACAAAGCUACAGCCAGGCUUUAAGACUGGUUGGCCAGGUGGGCACAGUGGAACAGUGGUGGGCCUUAUAUUCACACAUUAACAGGUUGCAAGACAUACCCUCACAUAGAGACUUACACCUUUUUAAAAAAGGCAUUAAACCUAUGUGGGAGGAUGCAGCCAAUAAAAAAGGAGGGAAAUGGGUCAUACGGCUUAGAAAAGAGCAAGCUGGGAGAGCCUGGGAGAAUUUAUGUAUGGCAAUGUUAGGAGAACAAUUUAUGGCUGGUAAUGAAAUAUGUGGAGUGGUAGUGUCUACAAGGUUUCAAGAAUACCUAUUAAGUAUUUGGAAUAGAACAGCAUCAGAUCAGGCAACAACAGCAAGAAUAAGAGAUGCCUUAAAACGAUUACUAAAUAUUCCUGCAAGUGCCACAAUGGAAUACAAAACACACAAUGACUGCCUUAAAUAUGAGCAAUUGGCCAAAGCAAAUCGGAACAAUCACAUUAACUGAUAUGGUUUCAGGUCAUCCAAAAAUGUACCAAGGUUUUGAAAAGUUUGACUUAUGCCAUAAGAAAUAUAGAGAUAUUAUAAAUUUGUUAAUAUUAUUUGUUUAUUAAUACAAUUAAUUGUAAUAAUACAUUAAAAAAAAUCUCUUUAA